AAGAGGCAGAUAACGGCGGGGUGAGACAGCAGAUCCUCGUCUGAGCUGGAGAUUCACUGGAAACACGCUUUAGUCACUGACCACAGCUGCAGUUAUGGCGCAAGUUCUGGACAUUGAUCGUUGGAACCUGGAGUGUGAGUUCAACAACACCGACCAUCGCACUGACCUCAACGGUGUAGAUCGUCUGAUCGUGAGGAGAGGCCAACCGUUCACAAUCAGCCUGUACCUUCGCUCCGGGACCUAUCAACCAGGAGUCAGCUCUCUUGACUGUGUUGCAGAAACAGGUCCUCAACCCUCUGAGCAGUAUGGCACCAGGGCCUCCUUUGGUCUGUCUGCCAACAUUGACACUUCCCGCUGGAGCGCCACCGUCACCAGUCCCCCUGGAGACAUGGUGGCCCUGUCCAUCUGCUCUGCCCCUGACGCACCUAUAGGCCGCUACACCCUGACCCUGGGGCCAUCAGGGCGGAUUGAGUUUAUCCUGCUCUUUAACCCGUGGUGUCCAGGUGAUGUGGUAUACAUGGACAAUGAGCAGAGUUUGGCAGAAUAUGUCUUGUCUCAGGAUGGAAUCAUCUUUCGAGGCAGCUACAAAUAUCCCAUACCUACUCCCUGGAACUUUGGCCAGUUUGAAAGUGGAAUCCUUGAUACCUGUCUGAGGAUUCUGGAUAUGAAUCCUAAAUGUCUGAAAAAUCCUGGCAAAGACUUCUCAGGGAGGAGAAAUCCCAUCUAUGUGUCCAGAGUGCUGAGUGCUAUGGUGAAUUGCAAUGACGACAAAGGGGUGUUGUGGGGAAGAUGGACAGAUGAUUACGAAGGAGGUGUGAGCCCCUUGUUCUGGAGGGGCAGUGUGGAGAUUCUACGCAACUGGGACUCCCAAGCCUGUCAGCCUGUGCGUUAUGGACAAUGCUGGGUGUUUGCUGCAGUGGCCUGCUCAAUCUCCAGAGCCCUCGGCAUUCCCUGCCGAGUCGUCACCAACUACAUGUCAGCCCACGACACCAACAGCAACCUGGUGAUUGAACGUCACAUCAACGAAAAUGGAGAACUCGUACAAUCCAAGGAGAUGAUCUGGAAUUAUCACUGCUGGGUGGAGAGCUGGAUGACCAGGCCUGAUCUUAAACCUGGUUUUAAUGGCUGGCAGGCUUUUGACCCUACACCUCAGGAGAAAAGUGAAGGGGUGUACUGCUGUGGCCCCAUCCCUGUCAGGGCCAUCAAGGAGGGCGAGCUCACGUUCAAGUACGAUGCCCCGUUUGUUUUCGCUGAGGUCAACGCUGACGUUGUCACCUUCAUGCAGAAAAAAGAUGGCAGCUCAUCAAAAGUUACCUCCACUGUUGCUGUAGGCCAGAAGAUCAGCACAAAGAGUGUGGGCAGUGAUGCCAGAGAGGACAUCACUCAUCUCUACAAGUAUCCUGAAGGUUCUGAUGAAGAGCGGGAGACUUUCAAGAAGGCCAACCACCAAAACAGGCUGCUCCAGCAGCAGGAGAAUCAAGGCAUACACCUCACCAUCAAAGUGUCAUCAGAAAUGAGGAAGGGCUGCGACUUCGACGUGUUUGCUGUGGUUACCAACAACACGCAGAGCGAGAAGAAGUGCCGCCUGGUGUUUGGAUCCUGUGCUAUGUCCUACAAUGGGUCUCUGGGGCAGAACUGUGGCUUUAAAGAUCUGCUCAAUGUUGAACUGGCACCAGGAGGAGAGAGGCGGGUUCCUCUAAGGUUGAACUACUCUAAGUAUGGUGGCCUACUCACUGAGGACAACUUAAUCCGUCUGGCAGCUCUGUUGGUGGACUACAGCACCAGAGAGACAAUACUUGCAGUGAGAAACAUCGUGCUGGAGAAUCCUCAAAUCAAAGUCAGGAUCCUGGGUGAACCAAAGGAGAAUCGUAAACUUGCCGCUGAGAUCACCCUCCAAAACCCGCUGCCAGAGCCGCUGGAGAACUGCUGCUUCAGCAUCGAGGGCGCCAACCUGACUGGGGGAUGCGUCAUUUCUGAGAGACUGGGAUCCCCAGUGGGACCAGGGGAAGAUGCCAAAGUGAAAAUUUACUUCACUCCCACUCAUUCUGGGCUGAGAAAACUGGUGGUCGACUUCGACAGCAGCAAGCUGUGUCACGUCAAGGGCUACAGAAAUGUCAUCAUCGGGAAAUAGAGCUUUCCAGCUUUUACUGUCCAUUAGACAGAGGUUUCCUUACUCUUUUUAUUAAUACUGUUCAUCAGUCAUUUUGUGGAGCACCUUCUUUUGCAAAGUUUUUAAUACAUACAAGGCUUUUUUCUAUUCAAAUACUUUAGAAUCUCACUGUAUAUUUCUAGUUACAACAUGUGUAUCUGUUUUUAUUCAGAGCCAUAGAUUUUUAAAUGUGACCUGAGAACAUUUUGUCCUCAUUAAGGCUAAAUAUGUAUUUGCAUGUGAAAUUUUAAAUAGAAUCUGUACCAUUUCCUCUCACAAUCUGUAGUGUAUAAAAUACAAUGUACUAUUUCUUUUCUUUCUAAGUGCUACAAUUAAAAGAACUUUUACACGU